CGGCUGUGUUGUGUGUCAGCAGGGGCGGGUACGCUUAUUUCAUUUCGGCCUUCCUAAAGCGGGUCAACUUGUUCUCGUUAUCUGAUAAUCCCCAAACUUUCCACAUCAGCACCUUAGAGCAUUUCGCUACCAGUGUAUUUGACACUACCCAUAAUGGCUGCUCCUGGAACCAUCAUCACUUCUACCCCCGGCGCUGUUCCUGCGGGUCCCGCUUACCAAUACAGCGUCAAGAUGACUUGUACUGGAUGCUCCGGUGCCAUCAACAGGGUCUUGGGGAAAAAUAUUACUGCUCCCAAUGCCUACCAUAUUUCCCUUCCCAAGCAGCUUGUUCUCGUCUGGGGUCCUUCAUUACCUCCUUUUGAGACUGUCACAGAGAAGAUUGCCAAGACGGGGAAGACCAUUAACGCCAAGGAGGUCAUUGAGGACGCUAGCACGUUGCCCCCGCUCGAGGCUGCUGCCUAGGGUGGCUUGUGCGCGGAACGAAUAUGCAUGUGUGUACAAUACAACAUGACCGAAAAUCUGUACUAUGAGACAUCUAGUAGUAUGGAGACAAUUUCCUG